AUGGAUCGUCAUUGGAUAAAUAUACCAAAUAAACUUUCAGCAGAAUAUGCUGCUGGAAUGAAUGAAUUCAUUAGUGUUGCAAGACACUCCAUGGACUCCAAUGGGAUGGUUCUAUGCCCUUGUUGUCGAUGCGUGAAUAAGAAAUCACAAUACAUGCAUGUGAUAAAUUUGCACUUGAUCACUCAUGGAUUUCUUAGUACUUACAAAAGGUGGUAUCACCAUGGUGAGCAAGUAGAGGAAGUAGAAGAUGAUGGAUUAUUUGAUACCAAGGAUAAUGUCGAAGAUUCGGAUCAGAGUGAUGAUUUGGCGGCAGGUCUUCAUGAUGCUAUUGGUAGUAAGUAUUUUGACAUUGGUCCAACUAGUGACUUCAAUGAUGAAUCUCCACUUAAUGUGGAUGACAAGUAUGAUGAAUUGUUUGAGUCACUUCAUAAGCCUUUGUACAAUAAUUGUAAAGGUUUCUCUGUCUUAAGCGCGACGGUGAAGUUGAUGAAUCUCAAAGUGCUUUACAAAUGGACAGAUAAAUCAUUCGACGGUCUUUUGGAGUGUUUGAGAGAGAUAUUGCCCGAGGGUAAUCAGUGCCCAGGGAAUUAUUACCAGACAAGGAAGCUUCUUUGUGAGGUGGGCUUAGGCUAUGAGAAAAUUGAUGUUUGUCAAUACGAUUGUGCAUUGUUUUAUUGUGAGAAUGCAAAUGCAGUGUCAUGUCCUGUACGAAAAAAUGAAGCUGGGAUUUUACGUCAUCCUGCUGAUGGGGAUGCUUGGAAGCAUUUCGACAAUGUGUAUCUUGACUUUGCAGCUGAUUCUAGGAGUGUACGAAUGGGGUUGGCGUCAGAUGGGUUUAACCCUUUCUCUAAUAUGACAUCAACCUAUAGUUUGUGGCCAGUGAUAUUAAUUCCGUACAAUAUGCCACCUUGGGCUUCUCCUAAUGGAACAAACUAUCUCAUGUCUUUGUUAAUUCCAGGCCCUAAAUCUCCUGGAAAAGAUUAUGAUGUGUUCUUGAUGCCAUUAAUUGAAGAGCUUAAAGAGUUAUGGGAUGGAGUCAAUGCAUAUGAUUUGUAUGGUCAAUGCAUGUUUAAACUUCGAGCUGCAGUCUUGUGGACAAUUAGUGAUUUUCUUGCUUAUGCAUACUUGUCUAGGUGGAGCACUGCUGGUAAAUUAGCAUGUCCUCAAUUGGAUGAAAUUCCUAUUCAUACCCCUGGUAAAGCACCAAGUAAUUCUUCUAGAAAACGUAAGCGAAGAGAGAAAGAGCUGAAUUGGUGUAAAAGAAGUGUUUUGUUUGAAUUGCCAUACGGGUCAAAGCUCUUGCUGCGUCACAAUCUUGAUGUGAUGCAUAUAGAGAAAAAUGUAUGUGAUAACAUUAUUGGAACACUUUUAGACAUUGAAGGUAAAUCGAAAGACACUUUAAAAGCUCGUAAGGAUUUACAAAAUCUUAAUAUUCGUGAAGAGCUUUGGCUGAAGAAGGACCCAUCUAAUAACAAGUUUGAAAAACCUUAUGCUAGUUACACUUUGACGAGAGAAGAAUGCAAAGAUUUUUGUAAAUUCAUUCAAAGUGUUAGAUUACCGGAUGGAUAUGCUUCGAAUAUUAGUCGAUGUGUAACAGAUAAUGACAAACUAGGAGGAAUGAAAACUCAUGAUUGUCAUGUUUUACUUCAUAAGAUAUUACCAGCUGCAUUACUUCCUUUUCUGACAGACAACAUUCGUGGUACUUUGAUUGAACUCUGCCAAUUCUUUAAAAAAAUUUGUGCAAAAACAUUACAAAUUUCUGACAUAGAAGAAUUGAGAGAUGGAAUUGUAAUAAUUUUGUGCAAGUUGGAAAAGAUAUUUCCCCCAUCAUUUUUUACCAUAAUGGUUCAUCUUUGUGUUCACCUACCCGAUCAAGUGUUAUUAGGUGGUCCAGUUGCUUCGAGAUGGAUGUUUGGGACAGAACGCCAUAUGGGUUUGUACAAGAAAUAUGUGAGAAACAUGUCUCGGCCUGAUGGUUCAAUAGCAGAAGCUUUUGUUGUAGAUGAAGCUGUAACUUUCUUGUCAAGAUAUGUUUCUAACAUAGAGACAAGAUUCACAAGACCCGAGCGUAAUUGGGAUAUACCUUCUCCAAAUCACAAGUUAGAUGUUUUCAACUCCAAUGUUCGUCCAUUAGGGGCAUCUACUAUCAAAUUGCUUCAAAAUUGGAGACAAGUCGUUCAAUGUGAUCAUAUAAAGUUGUUGGAAGAAAAAGGUCUUUCAGAUUCAGAAGUUGCCUUAGAGCACAAAGAACAAUUUCCUUCUUGGUUUAAGAAUAAAGUGUCUCAAAUGCGAGUUCAAAAAUCACCUCUUGCCAAUGAUGAUUUGUACUCUUUAUCUCAAGGUCCACUUGAACGGUACAACACCUACCAAAGUUGUAUUGUAAAUGGUGUUCGAUUUCGAUGUAAAGAGCGUGAGGAUACUCUUAAGACACAAUGUUCUGGAAUUUGCACUGAAGGUGAUCAUGACAAUAUUAAUAUCCUAUACUAUGGUGUCUUGAUUGAGAUUUUGCAGUUGUCAUUCGUUUUAGAUCGGAAGGUGUUCAUUUCGUUGCAAGUGAUUGUUCAAAAAGUAAAUCAUCGAUCUAUUUAUGACAUUCCUGAAAUUAUGGAAGAGACAGUAAAUAAUGAUGUGUUUCAAGAAGAAGAAUCAUUUCAAUUGCCACCUUUUCAACCAACUGAGAAUUUCAUUGAAAGUUUGUCUUUAGUUCGAUUAGAUGUUCCUUCUAUAACUCUUUCAGACCAACUUGUUGUUGAUUUAUUUUUAAACCAAAAUCAAAAUGUUGACAAGGAUAGUGACUUAGAUGAAGAUUUUAAUGAAGGAAAUAUAUUCUCUAAUAAUGAAACAUUUCUCUAA